AUGGAUGAAAUUGAAAGGAAAAUAACGAAGAUAGAAAGAGACAGAAGAGUAGAAAAAGAAGACCUGGAAGAAUGGAUGGAAAUAGAAAGAAAAAAAAGAAGGGAUGUGGAAAACAAGGUAAAAGAGUUGGAAAGAGAGGCUAGGAACCAGGAAAUAAGACUAAGAACAAUUGAGGAAAACCUAAAAGAAAGCGGAAAAGAAAGAGAUGAGAAAGGAGCAGAAGAGAAAGUAGAGAGAAAAAAAGAGAAAAACAAAAGAAAAAAAUGGAAAAUGGAAAGUGAAAGUGACGAAUCACCAGGAGAAGAAUGGGACGAGUGGACAAAAAGAAUACUGGUAGUGAAAAAGGGACCAAAAUGGGAAGAAGGUGCAAAAAUAGAAGAAUGGUUUGAAAAUGUUCAUAAAGUGAAAGUGAAUCACGUAAUGGAAUUGGGAGAAAGGCUGAAAGUAGAGUUUAAUAGCAGAGAAGACAGAGACAAGAUAUGGGACUUGGAAAGAGAAAUAUAUAGAGAAGGAAAAAUGAGCUUAGACGAGUGGCUGUCCUUUGAAGAAAGAAAAGAGAGGGACGAAAUAGUAAGGGCAGCAAAGAAGGUCCUCAGUGCUUGCCAGGAAGCAGGAGUAGUAAUGGACAUCGUGGUAGAAAACAGAAGGAUGAUUAUAAAUGGGAGGACUUACAGAAAGAGGGGAGUCUACAGAAGUUUUAAAACCAACACGACUUCAUUAGUAUACUUCGGGGAGCAUGUAUAUGGCGGCCAUUGGAUAGGCAAUAAUGGUCCAGUACGGUGGCCAGCAAAAUCUCCUGAUUUGAACCCAUUUGACUACUUUUACUGGGGGACAUCCAAAGAAGCAGUUUAUCACAAUGGCGGCCUCAAUGACCCAAAUGACAUGAUACAAAGAAUCCAACAUCAUGCCCAGCAUCUAGAACCCGAAAAAAUACAUGCAGCUACACAUCAGAUAAGACGUAGAGCUAUUUUGUGUAUUCAGCAACAGGGGGGGGAGGAGGACAAGAAUGGUGAUGAUGUUGAUGGCAAUGAUGAAAAUGGAGAAGAUGAUGAUGAUGAUAUGAACAACGAUGGUGAAAAUGAUGGCAGCGAAGACGGUGAGGCUGAUGAUAGUAUGGAUGAAGAUGAUGACGACGUUGGCAACGAUCCGGAUUGGGAGAUAUAA